CAAUCAGAGUGAGGGAUUCGCAGAGCGCUCGCGCAGAGCAGGGCGUGAUUUCGUACUUAAACCGCUAGUCUUCCGCGGAUUACACAAGCACUCACACACACUCGCACACACACACAGCUUCAAAGGCGUACUUCCGGCGUGAAGACAGGUUCAGAACAUCCAAAAUGAGUGACAACCCAGUCAAGCAGGAGGUGCAGAACUUCGACAAGAAGUGUCUAAAAAAGACCAGCACCGACGAGAAAAACGUUCUGCCAACAAAGGAGGACAUUGAACAAGAAAAGAAGGCUGCCGAGGCUGGAAAAUGAAGCCGUCUGCCAUGAUGCUUCUUGUAUCUCUUUAUCUAACACCCCCACCCUUUUCCUGUCUCCAUUUUAAGACAUUUUACUCAAUCACCCUCUUCACCUCCUGCACUCCGAAACCAUGUUAAAAUCAUAUCAUAGUGCCACAGACGGAGACAUUCAACUAAAGGGGCAGAUGACUGGUAAAAAAAAAAUCCUGUAUAAUUGCACCUAUGCAUAUUUUUAAACUUUGUUUCCUUUAUCUUGCAUUCUGAGAGUGGACUAUGGUGGCAUUGGAGCAGCUGACACAAACACAAGCGUGUAUGUCUUACCAUCACUCAGUAACUCUGUCAUCUAUGCCCAUUUCUCUGUACCUGGUAACAUUCAUUAUGAGUUAUCCAGUAAAUGACAUGUAAAACUAUUUUUGUUUAAAAAAAAAAAUAAAUAAAUAAAUGAUGUUUAAAACAUA